GGAAUUGAAGAGGUUUGUAUUUGUAAUUGGGUUUAAGCUAGUUGAUACAGGAGAGGCAGUUUAAUUGUUUCAUUGUUUUGGCAUUUGUGUUGGUUUGAUUUGCCCCUGAUUUACUGCUGUUGUGGAUGUUUUUUAAGAGGCAAUAACUUUAUAUGGAAUUGAACUGGCUAAUUUAUCAUUUGGGUUUUAUACAAAUUUCUUGCAGCUUUUCAUUAGAUCACACUAGUAAGGAUUGCUUAUGUGCCCCAAUAGUCUUGUUCACAUUCUUUAAAUUGGAUGGAAUAUGAGAAGAUAGUUUUGAAUAUCACUUGUGGUGAAUGUGAUAUCUGGUAAUAAUUUUAGACUUAGAGAAGACAACUUGCUCGGGUUUAGUUUUAAUGGCUUCAAUUAGAAGAACGAUGUCUCCAGUGCCUCGACCUGGGACUUUUCUGAAUGGGGAAGGCUGUUCAGCUCCUUCUCCCUUGUCCAAGUCUUCUUCCUUCAAUCAGAACUAUUCCUUAAGGGGAGAUUUGGUGUGUUCUUUUGGCUCAUUGGCCUAUGCAUGGUACAGAGCUCAAGCUUUUGCUCUUGGUAUUUUCUCAAAACGAUCUUCUCAGCCCUUGGAAAGGCCAAAAUUUAAGGGGCAAUUUUGGAGGAGGGCUCUUUUCCAUUUUUCCAUAUUUUUCUUGGUUGGGGUUCUUGUUGGACUUGCCCCAUUUGUUUCAUUGGAUUUACCCAUCAAUCUUGUGACCAAACACCAAGUCAUCUCCUUUGAGGUUUUUCCUCCUGUUGGAAACGUUCGCUUUUAUGAUGUUGUGCCCAGAAAUAUGACACCUUUAGUGGACAGAUCGGCCACUAAUGAUAGUGCUACAUUAGAGCCACAUGUGGUGAAAGGGGAACCAAGAAGAGGGAUUUUGAAUGACACUCUUCUUAACCAAUCACUCAUUAAAAAUUCUACUAUGGUGUUUCAUAAACUUUUGAUCAUUGUGACCCCAACACAUGCUCGGCCAUUUCAAGCCUAUUAUCUGAAUCGUUUGGCAUACACAUUGAAAUUGGUCCCUCCUCCUUUGUUGUGGAUAGUUGUGGAGAUGACAUCUCAGUCCAUGGAAACAGCUGACAUAUUGAGAAGAACAGGUGUCAUUCACAGGCAUCUUGUAUGCAGUAAGAACUUAACGGAAGUGAAAGAUAGAGGUGUGCAUCAAAGAAAUGUGGCUCUGUCGCACAUUGAAAAGCACCGCCUUGAUGGAAUCAUUUACUUUGCAGAUGAUGAUAAUAUUUAUUCUGCUGAUCUCUUUGAACAGAUAAGGCAGAUCAGGCGGUUUGGGGCAUGGACAGUGGCCACACUACUGGAGAGCCAAAGGAAAGCUAAUUUUGACGGUCCAAUUUGUAAUGGUUCUCAGGUUGUUGGAUGGCACACAGAUGAUGAGACGAGAAGAUUUCAGAGAUUUUAUGCUGAAAUGUCAGGGUUUGCAUUCGAUAGUGCUAUACUUUGGGAUCCAAAGAGAUGGCAUCGACCUACUAUGGAGCUUAUUAGGCAGCUUGAUACAGUCAAGACGGGCCUCCAAGUUAGCACAUUUAUUGAACAAGUUGUAGAGGAUGAGAGUCAAAUGGAAGGCUUUCCACAAGACUGUUCAAGGAUCAUGGUUUGGCGUCUUCAUGUUGAAUCAAAACAUUACUAUCCUCGCGAAUGGCUCAUGAAGAAUAAUCUAGAUGCCAUUGCUCCACUUGCAUGAAAGGUUUUAUGGGACUGACAAUAGCAAUGGGACAGAGGGAAGUGAAAAUUGGUCAAGAACCAUAAGUAUCUGCUAUUGUCUACUCGCCUCAGUUUCAGGUGAUGCUUGCUAGGAUGCUCGUGCAAUAUGUGUUGGCUGGUAGUAGGAUGCACAGGCACUGUUUGUGUUUGCGGGUUGUAUAUUCAUCCAUUUCAUAGCAGCAUGAAAUCAGCUCGAAGUUUUUUUUUUGUCUAAUUUAUUACCCUUUUUCCUGAGGCUAGACAUUAUCCUUGUAUAAUUGUCGAAUUCUUAUUCUUCUCGUGUCUGCUGCUAUUUGCAAAGAGGCAAAUUUUAACCAAAUGGUUCAAGUGGAUUGAUGCAUUUGCUUUCCCUCGUGAUCUACAGUUUUUUUUUUGGACCUGUUGGCAUGUAUUUUGCAUUUGUGCAGUGACAAGAAUUCUAUGUUCCAGACAUGAAUUGCUUGCAUUGAUAUGUUACGAUGAAUUUAUGUAUUUUCUAUUAAUGUUUAACAAAGUUUGAAUGAG